UUCUUUCAAUUAAAGUCCAAUCAAAAGUCAGAUAAAAAAUGCAAACCAAUUAAACAAUCAAUUAAGCUGUGGGCCAAUCACUAGCACGGUAGAGGUGUGUGCUGUUGAAAAAGUUAUACAUCAAGAAAUAAAUGACUAGAAACGAAGCAGAAAUGCAGUAUAAAAGGGAAAACCAAAAAAGACUAUUAGACACAGAAUCUGCAGGUCUGCAGGUGGUGCUACUGUCCUAUUGGAUUAUUUUGGAUGGGAGGGAGAGGAGGACAAGAGUUCAUCCCGUUAUUUUAAUUCAGCCUUUGAUAGUGUCCAAGUUGAUUAACCAGUGUGAAAAUGUGAUUUCACUGUCAACUUUCCUGUCAAAAGUUGGUCAAAAUUGAAACAGAUGAUCUUCAUUUGCUUAAAUAAACAUGUCUGACCUGUAAUCAUUAGACACAUGGUCUGUUGCUUUAUGAAUCCCAGUCCUUUAACUCUGCUGUAACAGAGGGAACGUUGUCACGCCCAGCCAGGAAAGGGAGGGGUUUGUAUGUUUGAAUGUUUGAGGCUCAAAGCAUAAGUUUGUCUGAUUUCCUCAGUGAAGUCAGUCUGGUGUGAAGUCAGACUGGAGAUUGGAACAAUGUCUACCCUCCUGCUGGUUGUGGGUGUCGUCGUAGGAGCUGCUUACAUUUACCGCCAUGUUGUGGUAAAGGGGAAGCGGUACACAAGCAAAGUAAAGCUGCAUGGCAAAACUGUGAUUGUAACUGGCAGCAACAAAGGCAUUGGGAAGACCACAGCCAUAGGCUUGGCUAAAAGAGGAGCCAGAGUGAUUCUGGCUUGUCGCAACAAGCAGAGAGGAGAAGCUGCUCUUAUGGAAGUCAAGAGGGAGAGUGGCAGCAAUCAGGUGGUGUUCAUGCAGUUGGAUCUUGGGAGUCUCAAGUCUGUUCGCAGCUUUGCUGAAACCUUCCUGAAGACUGAACCCAGACUGGACAUCCUCAUCAACAAUGCAGGUAUUUACCUGCAGGGUUGGACAGAGGACGGACUGGGAAUGAUGUUUGGCGUCAACCACAUUGGCCACUUCCUAUUAACCAACCUGUUGUUGGACCGGCUGAAGGAGUGCGGACCAAGCCGGGUGAUCAAUGUGUCAUCAGCGGCACAUAACAUGGGAAAAAUUGACUUUGACUGCCUGAACACUCACAAAGCUCUAGGACUGGGGACGUCAGGCAUGGAGGUUCUACAGGUCUACUCUGAUAGCAAGCUGUGCAACGUCCUCUUCACACAUGAGCUGGCCCAAAGACUGCAGGGAACCAAGGUCACCUGCUACUGCCUCCAUCCAGGGGUCAUCAAGACUGAGCUGACCAGGAAGGCUAACUUCGUAAAGGACCCCCUCCUGAAAUUCCUGACUGCCUUUUUCCUCAAAAACACCAUCCAGGGAUCCCAGACCACUCUGCACUGUGCUAUCCAGGAGGGCAUUGAACCUCUCAGCGGACGUUACUUCUCCAACUGCACUGUGAGAGAAGUCUGUGCUAAAGCCAAGGAUGAUGCUGCAGCUAAGAAGCUGUGGGAGCUCAGUGAGAGACUGUGUGGUCUUGCAUAAAGAUUCACAUUGGAUUCUGGACACUGGAUUGUCAUAGUUUUAUAUUAGAGUACAAGACGAUGUCCUCAUAGCCUGAUCAUAGGCAAGUAAGGCAAAAGUUCAUGUAGAGAUCUAAGUUUGGCAGCUCCCUCAUUGCAACACCACUCCUCUCCUGAGAUAACAGAGAUAACAUCCAGUGUGAAUGGAUUGUUCAAAAUUUAAGCAGUGCUGUUUAAAAGUUAAACAGUGCUGUAGUCUACACUCUACACUGUAGAGCCUACAGUGUAGAUUCUUAUUCAUGUGUAAAGUGUUGGCUACAGUGGAGCUGUCGCACAUAGUACAAAAGCAUUUAAUCAAUAAACACCACACUAACAAGAAAUCUAUUUUCAGAGCCAUGGUUUAUCAUAUCACAGAAGAACAGAGUUGUAUACUACAUUCUGACUUUGCUACCUGUUGCUUGUUUGCUCCACACAGCAGCAGCAGCCACUGUUACAGGCGAUGACGUGCAUUUCACUGUCUGCAACCUGCUGAGUAAGAUUAGGGACUGCUCACAUUUGCUCCAGACUUCUGUUCUCACAUGGGUUUACUGAAUGACUGUUGGCCUGUGUGUGUGUGUGUGUGUGUGUGUGUGUGUGUUAUGAAUGAGAAAUAUUCAGUAUGAAUAGGGACAUGUAUCUGUUUGUCAUGCCAUUUUGAAUUCUCCCUGGAAGAUGCUUUUAAAGGACAUAAUAUGACACGGCACAUUGAAACUCAUUUGAAAUCCAGACUAAUGGCGCCCUUCAAGGUGGUUUGGCAGUAUAAUCCUCCUUAUACAUCCCCCAGUGUAAAUAAUGCUGAUUACAUACUUACCUCUCCCACGGCAGGGAAUGCUGUUGUGAUACAUCCACACACCACUACAGGAGAGACUGAACCAUGUCCCAUAAACCUAAUAACACUCUACUAUAAAUAUAAUCUGCUGGCAAAAAACAAACACUGACAACCUGAAAAAGAAAUCACACUGAAUAGGUGAUCAUAAUUAACACUAUACUGUAUAUACAAAUUAUACUAGUGUCAGCAAACUAAACCUGUUCUGGAGUUGUUGUUGUUUUCUGUAAACA